AUGUUGCCAAACGUAGACACGAGAGAUCAUAGUUUCAUUGUUAUUGCUCUCGAGUUCGUGUUGACAAUGGAAAUUCUUAUGACAAAUAAAAACAACGAAAUGCUAGUUUAUCGAAAUGCAAUGAAUGGCCGUGUGCGCACUUUCCAAGAUAACGUCACUAUCAUAAAUGAACACAGUAAUUUUCCCGAUCCAGCCGAUAUUGAAAAACGAAAAUUCAGGACAGCUCUCAAAACAAAAGCAGUUGUGUCAGAUGAGCCACCCCGUCAAACAAUUCUUUCCGUACAAAGAGACAUCAACAGAGAGACUGCAGCAGUAAUCCCGAGCUAUUCUGCCAACCAGAGGACAAUUAAUAGAGUCAAACAGGAAAAACGGCCCAGAAUGCAGGAACCCCAUUCCCUAACUGAUUUUGAACUGCCAGAGUUGCUGAAAGUGACACACAGCGGCGAGCGUUUCCUUCAUUUUGACUCUGGACCUAAUGAUACCAAGCGAAUAAUGGUUUUCACCACUCUUCCGGGACUCGACAUUCUCAGUGGCGCUGAUGAUUGGUUCUGCGAUGGCACCUUUUCUACGGCCCCGAGUGUGUUCUUUCAGAUAUACACCAUCCACGCUUCAGUCGAGGGAAUUCUGAUUCCUAUUGUGUAUGCAUUGCUUCCAGACAAGAAAGAGGAAACGUAUUUUCGACUUUUGAGCUGCUUCGACAUUGAAUUCCCUGAACGAGCCACCAUUGAUUUCGAAAUAGCGGUCAAAAAUGCGUUCAAUUCAGUAUCCAAAAUUGUACAAAAUCAAUACUGUUAUUUCCAUUUGAGCCAAAGCGUCUGGCGUCACAUUCAGACUACUGGAAACACAAACAACUACAGACUAGAUCUGGAAUUCCGAGAGCAUGUCCGAAUGCUGCUGAGUAUCGCUUUCCUGCCUGUAAGUGAUGUUUCUACUGCUUUCGAAACUCUUCAGAAGACAUGCCCUGAGACAGCCCACCCAAUCUUCAAUUACUUUGAGGACAAUUACGUUGGUCGGCUCUCGGCGGCAAAUGGAACUCGUCAAAACCCCAGAUUUGAAGUUGACAGCUGGAGUUGUCAUCAGCGUGUAAUAACCGGGCGACCCAGAACCAACAAUGCUGUUGAAGGUUGGAAUAGCAACUUCGUCAAACUCGUGAAUGGCAAGCACCCAUCAUUUCCCAAGCUCAUUGAAAAAUUUCAAGACGAACAGAAAAACGCUGAAAUCUUGAUCGAAAAAAUGUGUGCCGGGCGACCAGACGUAAAAACUGAGCAGUUUAUCUUCUCAACGGAUGACAUAGUGGCUGAAACGGAUAGUGAAGAAUUGGACAUCAAAAAUAACAGUCCAAAGAAACAGAAUAUGCAAGUCGGACACGGAAAGUUCAAGAAGUUUCGAUUUUAUUGA